UGGCUGUACCUACCAUGUUAAGAGAGCUGAACACAGCUGCCCGAGCUAGCGCUCAAUGCAAUCGGAGACGACUCAACUACAAAUAAAGUCGGGCGCGCGGUGUGAGGGGAUCUAUAAUGGAAGAGGGUUCGGUUUUGACGGGGGCAGGCGAUGGGAAGGCGAGUGACAGCCGCAGCAGCUUGGUGGUGGAGAUCGAGACGAUGGACAAGAUGCCGGAGCACUAUAGUGGUGGUGAAGCCAACGAGAAGCUGCUGGAGGUGUCAGCAGGGUUUGGCUUGUCGAGAAUCAUGGAGAAGGGCAGUUGCGGCAGCUGGGUGAUGGAGAUGGAGGAGAUGCGCGCGGACGCCAACCCCUUGGUGGAGAGCGCGCGGUGGAGUCGGCACUCCAUCUAUCGGGUGCCGCAGUUCAUGAAGAACAUGACCAAUAGCGAGGCGUACAGCCCUCGGUUCGUGUCACUGGGGCCCUUGCACCAUGGCGAGCCCCAUCUCCUGCCCAUGGAGGAGCACAAGCGCCGGGCCGUGCUGCACAUGGUCAACCGGUGUGGGAAGCCUGUGCAGGAGUUUGUGGCAGCCAUCGAUGAAGUCGCAGAUGAGCUCCAGGCUGCCUACAGUGACCUGGAUGAUGAGAAAUGGCGUGGAGCAAACAAGGGUCGCUUUGUGGAGAUGAUGGUUAUGGAUGGCUGCUUCUUGCUGGAGUGGUUAUGGUCAGGAUUAGCCGCCGCGCUAAAUGUAAAUGUUCAGGCGCUUGAUUACGCGACCAACGACCCGGUCUUCAGUGUGGGAGGGUUUAAUAAAUUGUGGGCAACUAUACGGAGAGACAUGAUCGCUAUGGAAAACCAACUACCUCUAGUCAUUCUGCAGAAGCUUUUAGCUGUUAGUGGCAAAUUCCUGAAAGCUAGAGAGAUCAACGGUAUGCUGCUAGCUCUUUCGGGUGUCGACCCAAGCUUUGGUGAAGGCAUGGACGAGCUAGGACUUCACUUACUAGACAUUUUUCACAAAAGCUACUGUGGCACCACUCCACCAUGGAAACCAUCCGAUAAACAUGAGACUCGCAUGCCAUGCGCGGUUGAGCAGAGCGAGGCAGGAAUCCAGUUCAGGAAGAGUAACAUGGAAAACAUCCAUGACGUUGGCUUCAAAAACGGCGUGCUGAGCAUGCCCCUGUUCGAAGUUAACGACGAUACGGAGGCAGAGUUGCUCAACCUGAUGGCAUUUGAGUGGCUGCACCCUGAUGCCAAUUCCUACAUGCGGUGGUACAUAGCCUUUGUGGAUAAAAUUAUCGUGUCAGAAAGAGAUGCGGCUCUUCUAAGAUCCCAAGGGAUCAUUGCAAACAUGGUAGGCAGCGACAAGAAGGUGGUCGAGAUGUUCAACACCCUCACAAAGUUAGCAGUGGCGCCAGAGCCAGACAGCAAGCUAGGCGAGGUGAUUUGGAUGGUAAACAGCCACUGCGAGAAGCGACGGAACAAGUGGCGAGCCAGCUUCAUGAACACUUACCUGAGCAACCCUUGGGUGUUCACCUCCAUGGUGGCUGCCUUCAUUUUACUCGUCGUCGCCCUCCUGCAGACCGUCUACACGAUUGUUCCGUUCUACACCAGAAAGGGUUGACAAGAACUCUGGACACAUAUUAUUGCGUGCAAUCUGGUGAGUUUGAACCUAUGUCUUUGGCUUUGUAUAUGUGUCGAUCUUGUUGUGUGUAAAAGUUUUGGACAGAAAUUAUGUUACGGGAAGUUUGAGCUCUGCUUAAUUAUGUGACUCUCUAUUCUGUAUAUGUGCGGACCUCUAAACUGUUUCUAUUGAUGGUACAAUUUAUUUGAUGAAA